CCUGAAAGAUGAUGGACCCCAGGCGCCUUUCGAAGGCGAUUUGUCAGGAGUUUGAAACAGCCACGGCGAAGUGUGCGGGUUUCGCGAACAAGGACAUUGUGUUGUUGAUCGGAUGCUGCGGCAGUGGCAAGACUACUGUGACAUCCUAUGCCCUGGGCACUGACUUCCGCUACAAUCGUCGCACACAAAAGCUGGAAGCGGACAACCCCAUGGAGGGUUUCGUGACAAGUGCCCAGUGUGCAGAUGUAACAAAGGGCUUGAUGUCUGCUGAGGUGCCAAACACCAACGGGUUGCAGCUGGUGGACAAUGCUGGCACGGGCGCCACAGAAGGCCCCAUUGCUGAGGUCUGUGGCGCUAUUAACCGCAGUCUGGCUGUGCAAUCCGCCCGAUCCGUGCGUGUGGUCUUGGUGAUCAAAGAAGCUCGUGGUGAUGUGGGCAACGAGCGCGGCCGAGUCCUUCUGAAGGACGUGGAACACGUUGCUUCCAUGUUCUGCCGCCUUGAAAAUCUUGGAUCCGUGGGUUUGAUUGUGACCAGCGAGCCACGUGGCCUGUCGGUUCCAGGGGUGGCAAGCGAAGUUUCCAAAUCGAUGUACGACAACUUCAACGAGUUGUUGGAGACCGCUCUGGCGGAAGAUGAGUACGUGGAUUUGGGUGCAGCAGAGGCACCCUCGCACAUGAAGACAAAUGUGGCAGGAAAACGCUUGCUAGAGCAUUUCGCUGCGAGCUGUGACAAAGCCAACAAGAUUGCCGAAGAGUUCAAGGAAUGGGAAGAUGACUCAUUUUUGGAGCAAGUUUGCGCUGAGAGAGUUACCAUCUUCCCUGUAAACGUGAGCAGAAGCCAGCAGCGGCUGUCCCUUCAGAAGUGGCUUCACAACUUGCCAGCCGUACAGAAUCCAGGUGAAGCACUGAAGUACGUCCUGCUGAGCGAUGCCAAGAAGGAUCUAGAGCAAACUCUCAGCAAGUUCUUCCUCGACUGCAAGCAUUCCAUUGGAGAGCGUGGGGUGAGUUGGGCAUCUGAUGAGGUGCUGGUCUCGAAGAUCAUGGAUUUGUUGAGCCUCACCCAAACUUUGGAGGAGACUGAGCUGAUGCCGACUGCAGCGAGCUACAGAACUGACCUGGUUGCCCAACUGGUCCGUGAGAAUGAGCGCGUCAAUACCAUGGUGUUGGAAGGGGUCAGAUCUGGCAAUCCUGAAAAGAUUGAAGGCGUGUGGCCUGCCAUGGUAAAGAUGGACACUUUUCGGCAGUUGUGCGCCGGCGUCCACAUCCCCGGCUGGAUGAAGUCUUCUGCUGUGAUGACCCGCGGCAUUGUGGUGGCCAAAGAGAGUUUGGACCGACAUCUGCCAGGAGGUUGUACAGAUGCUCGAUGGGAUUUCAAUUUGGCUUUGCAGGUGAAAGGUAUCCUAUCUGCUGUGCAACAACUUGAGCCCUUGGGGGGUGAAGUCUUGAAGUCGUGGGCGUCUGCUCUAUCUGACCACGUGAAAGGUUUGCAAAAAAGUGCAGGUGAGUGCAAGAACGCUGCCAGCGUCAUCCAUGCCCUGAAGUGUUUGGAAGAGCACCGCGAGUUUUUGCCCAGGACACUGAUGCCCAUCCUUGGCCCUUAUGGAUGCCAAAUUCUUGAAGGUGACGGUCUGAGUGUCGCAGAGGAGGCAGCGAAAGAUGCUGUCCGGGCUUCUUUGGCCAACUUGUCGGGGAAGAUGGUGGAGACCGUGUUGCAAUCCGGAAGCUCGGCAGCUUCCGAGCAGCUCAUGCAGCUAUGUCGAUCCACAGAGCUUAAUGGGAUCCUGGGAAAAGACCUUGAGGAUGAGUAUGUCUUGAAACCAAUGUCCGCCAACUUGGCACCAAGUCAAGGUGACAUUGACAGUUUGGUGAAGACCAUGGAAACAUCGCUGACCGAUGAAUGGCAUUCUCAACUUCUCAGUAUCAAUGAGCGAAUGGCGGCUGCUGGCGAGCAUGGACCACGCUUGUUGAGUUCAGUUGAGUUGAAACUGGAUGGCUUCAGCGCUGCAGCCAGCAAGCGGAUUUGCAAAAGCAAAGAUGGCGUGACAGAUGCUAUCAAGAAGCUCUUGGCCCAAAAGUGUCUUCCGGAGGUAUGUGAGAGAUCUUGGGCCGCUCUCUCCUUGAAUGAGAUCCCGGAAGAGAUCCAAGACACAGAUUCGGACAGGGAUGUGGUUGAAGAAGCAGAAACUGCCAUCAACGAGCUCGAGCUGUUGCUCCCAGUGGACACGCUUCUGAAAGUGAUGAGGCCAAAUCUGAAGGUCCAGACAGAGACGGUGACUGUGGCGUUGCAGUGCAUUGCUUGGAAUCUGAACAAGAACUUGUCCGAUGCUUUGAAACGAACCACUCGGCGGGCUCGCGACAAGGCCUUUAUUCCGACUCAUUCCUUGGGUGCCGAAGUUAUCCGCGCGAUGGGACAGUUGAAAUCCUUGGCGUCUUUGGCAGAGACCCUUGCAAAGACUUUGCAAAGCUUGCAGGACCAUGCAUGUAGCACUUUGGCAGAGAAGUUGUCGUCACUAGUCAAGGCUGCAAAUGGUUUCGUUGAUGACGUGGUCAAGAAGGAAAUGGAGGAAUGGGCGCAGGCGGACACCAGCGUCAGCGGAUGGCGCGAAUUGUUCACCCGGCAUUUGAAGAUGGCAAAUCGACUCCAGAGUCUGGACAAUGACCAGGGCCAUGUGAGGUCCGCCUUUGCGGCCUUGUUUCAAAAGGUGAAAAUGUGGAGGGACGAGUGCUUCAAGCAAGCCACGGAGGCAUUGGAGACAGGAGACUUUCUGGAGAAUCCGGCUUCUUGGAUUCGCUUCGUGCAGAGCUGCGUCAAAGAAGGAUUGGCUUUCGAACAGAGUGAACUCUGUGAACAGCUGGGCUUCCAGGCACAGUUUCGACCUUUAGUGGAAGCGCAGUGUGAGAUUUGUCAUCAAGAAGCUGCCUCCACUCACCAGAACUUGAAGCUUGUGACCUGGCAAAAGCUAACGACUUUGAUCUCGGCUUUGCAGCAGUUGCAGAGUGAGGAUCCGAGGGUCGCGAAGUGUGUGAAGAGUUUGACGGAGAGCCGCGAGCCGCUGAAUUUGGCCUUGGAAGAUGAUGAGUCUCGAUUUGAGAAGGCUUUGUCAGAAGGUCGGUUUGCGCAAGCGGCCCAACUCCUUCGCAAGGUGCAUUCCAGGCAGCGACAUGGCGACCGGCUAAAGGAGUAUUUGCUUGAAGCCAUGGGCUCUGCCAGCAAGAGCAUUGAUGACGACACCGAGGUUGAAACAUUGAUUUCAGCAGUGAAGGAUGCCCGCAGGCUCAUUCAGGAGGUGGAUGGUAUGGAAGAUGCUGAAAUGGCAGCAUAUGCUAAAAGCCAAAGAGAUGAGCUUGAGCAGAAACUAGCGAGGAAAUCUGAGGAAUCUGAAGUGCAGUUGCAGAUGGCUUUAGAUGGCAGACACGCUCCGAGUUGUGCCCUGCAGCUGCGAGCGGUGAUGAUCAGCAAAUCCAGGCAGAACACCGCCAGAGAGGCCAUCUCGGAGUUUGCACUGAAAAAGAAGCAGGCCUUCGCUGCGAUGAAUGUGUCAGACUUGGUGCAAUGGAUCAUGAUUCAUGAACGCAUUUGGAAGAAUUUGCCAGAGGAAUUCAAGAAUCAGACCGAAGAUUACGCCGAGCUGUUACAAGAGUUCCAGAAGUGCUUCGACAAAGUUUUCGACAAAGACUUCAAGUCCAUGUAUGCCCACCUGGACAAGAAACAGUGGGGUGAAGCGCGGCAAACUUACCAGGACUUGAAGAGUGCCGUGGACGACUUGCUGGACUUAGAGGUGCUGAAGUCCUUCCGAUCUUUGAAAAAACUCCAGACCAAGUUGAAUGGCUCCGCUGGCCGCUCCAGAUGUACCUUGGCCAAGGAUGACAUCAAGAAGGGUGAAUUUUACGAAGCCAUCUGCGUGGUGGUGACCAGCAACGGCGAAAAGGAGGAGGUAGAAUUACUGGAGAUGAUCAACGAACAGGUGCGGAAGAAUUUUCGGCCGUCCACUGACUUUGCUGAAGUUCAUGAACGGUUGACCUUCUUGGACCGAUUUCGGGAGGCGGUGGGCGAGAAUGCUCCGGAUGAGUUGGUGGGACUUUCCAGGGAGGUGAACCAGGCAUACCACAAGGCGAAGCCACAGGUAGAACAGAAAGCCUCUGCUGCAGUGAGUGAAGUGCUGGAGGCAACUGCAGCUACAGAUUUGGCCGCCAUGGCGUGUGCGUUAUCGAAUUUCAAGCGGUUUGAAGUUGGUCUUGGCAUCACUGAAGCGCAGCAAAAAGAUGUUACUCAGGCAAAGCAAGAGUUCUGGCGGCAGAUCAAGGACUGCUGCAACAAAGUCGCCAGCAGCAUCGAUAUCACCAACUUGGAUGUGCACUCCUUGAGCUUAAGCCUCGAGCCUUUGAAAGGUUGGUUGGACACCUUCCAGUCGUUGAGCCCUCCGAAGAAGCAGGCGCUCAUGGAAGAGAAGAAUCUGCCAGACCUGCAGGCCUGGAUGCGUGAAGUUCUCGCAGAACCCUUGCGGCGUUUGCUCGACCCCAGCAUCUUGAUGAACUGUGUGGAUUCCCGGCGCUUCUCGGACAUCAGCCGUCGUUACAGCGCUUCCCAAAGGCUGCGAGCAGUGCUGAAGACCGAAGCUUUGGAUCUCACGGUGGUGGAGCAGUACCUGUUGCAGCGGAAGGAUGUUGGCCGCCAAGCAUUGGACUCGGCGAACUUUCAUCAGUUCAACUCGGAGGUAAAAGUAUGUAAGUUGGUGUCUGAAGAGUUGGUUGAAGUCCCAGCUGCAUUUAAGAUUUUGGCUGACUUGGAGAACGACUUGAGGGAGCGGUUUUUGAAUCAACAUUUGAACAAGCUGCGGUCUGCCCAGAACAUUCCAGAUGCAGCCGCUGCCAGCCAGGAAGCGAGGAAAGUGGCGAACUCAGCCCCUGACACUCACGAGUGGGUCACAUCUGCCCUUGAAGAUGCCUUCCAAGAUCUUCAGAACAAAGAAGCCUUCAAUGUUCAGGGCCUUGCGACUCUUGGAAUGAUUCUGGUCCAGACGCCUCUGGGCCAGACCAUUGUGGCUGAACACCCCGACUUUUUUGGAGCUGUGAAAGAUAUGCACAGCAACGAAUCGUUCCGUCGCGCCGGAGAAAACCAGAACCUGGAUGAGAUUGUCGGGCGCCUGACCUCGGUAUCCGGUUUGGAUGGCACAGAGUACCACGAGUUGGUCGCCGCUUUGCGAAACCAUGAAGAGCAGUUCGACCAAUUGAAAAACAAGUAUUUGUACCAUGGGGUCAGGCCGUUGGAGGAUAUCUUGCAAGAAGCAAAAACUGACUUGGAUAUGGCAGUACAGGCAUGCAAUUGUCAAGACAAAAGUGCUGAAGCUGUAUCGAAGCUAGUCUCGCACCUGUCAGUUUGCUUCACUUUGGUCAAGUCUGGCAAGAAAUUCCUUCAAGCAGACGUGUCUCAGCAAGAGCGGAAGUUGGUUAUUCCUCACAGAGGUCAGAUGUUGACCCUCUUUCGCUUUUUGCAGUGCCACAAAGCGGCCCAGCCUGACGCUCUUUGGAAGCGCAUCUUCAAUUGGGUUCAUGACAAAGUGUGCGGACAACCUGGAAAUUCCCAGCAGCCAGACAACCACCUUGCACAGGUUCUGACCGGUGAAGGGAAGUGCCUUACGCUGGGCCUCUUGGCUUCGUUCUUGGCCCUCAACGGUUUGGAGAGUGACAUUGUUUGCUAUCGGAAGUUCCUCAUUGAGCAAGACAGGGAAUUCAUGCGUCCCUUCUUCAAGUUUUUGGGCGUGGAGGAGAAAAUCCGGUACAUGACCUUUGAUGAGCUCUGCGAGGAACGCUUAGCCCACAUUCGACAAGCGUCAAAGGAGCUGAUUGAGAGCGGGAAGGUCACGACGGCAAGGUCACAAGGUCAAUUUGCCAAUCGCGCCUGCCUCAUUGAUGAGGUGGACGUCGUUUUUGCGCGAAAUUUUUAUGGCAACACAUGGGAUGGGGGCUUCAAGCUCACGUCUCCUCAGGCUGUGGGCUUGGUGAGCCACAUCUUCUCUGAAGUGACAGCUGGGCGUCCUAUCAAGAACAUCGCUGAUACUGACGAGUUCCAGGACCUGUUGGAGGCUUACCCGGAAGAAAUGCGCGGAGUGUUGACUCAAAAAGCUGCAGAGCUUGUUCAAAACGUGGAGGAAUGGUCCAAGCCAGAGCCAAUUCUGGAUGAGAAAACAGGGAGGAUUGGGUACAAGGAGAAGGAUGAGGUCAGCUACGACAUCUCCUACUCCAACCAGACAACCUUUGCGUACUUGAGUUUCUUGCAGCAGGGCAAGCUCACCCCUGAGCAAGUCCAAGAGCAGAUUGGCAUUGACAUGCUCUGCGGAAGGUUUUCGUUUGCGGAUUUGCCAAACUCCUAUGCAUGUAUUCUGGGUGUCACAGGCACACUUAUGGAGCUCCGAAGCAUUGAGGGGUUCGAGACGGUGCUCCAGAAUGAAUACGGCUUCAAGCAUUUCACCAUUACUCCUUCCAUUUUUGCAGGGGGAAGACUCCUCUUCAACCCAGGGGAGCAUGUGCAGGUUCAUGCUGUGGAGGACGAGUGGGGUCUGGGCCUUGAAAGGCUAGUGGCCGAGCAUACUGCCAGGGGAGAUUCUGUGCUGGUCUUCUUUAAGAAUGAGACGCAGAUGAAAAAGUAUCCAGGUUGGGCCAACAUGCAGUGCUUGACAGAGCGCACAAAUCCAAAGAGCCGUAAGGGCUACAUCGCGGCUGCAACAGCUGAAGGCAAAGCCACGCUGCUCACCAGGGCCUUUGGAAGAGGAAUUGACUUCCAGAUGCCAGAGAAGCAUCGGCUGGUCGUGAUUCAAACGUAUUUGUCCAGCUUGGUGAGUGAAGAGCAGCAGAUCAAAGGCCGCACUGCCCGGCACGGUAAAUCUGGGCUGUUCCUUCAAGUUCUUUGUGCUCAGCACUUGGAAGGAAAGAUGGCGUUCAGCCCGGAGGACGUGAACAGCUUGCGCAAUCUGAAGGGGGACCAGAUUCAGUCCCUGUUGAAAGCCAAGCAAACUGCAAAGACUUCCUCCAAGUUCUUUGGCAUGGCGGAGCGGAGAAAUCGAGCCCGCCAUUUGGAGGCGGAGACCAGGAAAUGGGAAAGCCUUCUGUUCGGAGAUGCCGAGACCAGUCAGAAGUUGAAGAGGCUGGCAACUUUCAAUGAGGUCAGAGACCCAGUCCACUACUCUGUCCUACUUGACAUCUCCAUGUCAAUGUCUGGAAAGAGGAAACAGCAUAUGGACGUGGCGUUUUCCAAGUUUCGGGAGCAGCUAUGUGCGCAAGAACGACAGGGGAUCAACACCAUGGUGUCAGUGGUUCUCUUCAAUCACACGACCCAGGUGAUUGUGCCAACGCAUGUAAAGGCGUCAGAGUUGCAGGAUAUUGCUCAUCGUCAAGUUGGCGGAGGGACCUGCUUUCACAACGCCUUUGCUGCGUGUCGAACCCUGAUCAGUAAACGCUCGAAAACCCAGGAGCUCAUCCUGUUCCUUACUGAUGGCGAAGCGGAAUGCCCCGAGCGAGAGCUGACAGCUUUGUUGGCAGAACACGGUAACAGGAUCAAAUGCAUUACUUGCGUUGCUCUCGGUGCACAGGCAGGUAAAAGUGUGUUGAAGAAUAUUGGCGCCAAGUUCCAAGCGAAGAACAUCAGCUUCAACUUGUAUGAUGCCAACAGCGAGGAAAGCCUGGUCACAGCAUUCCAGGAAGCAGCUGGCGGCCGUGCAAUCCAUUGCAAGUAGAUCCACAUGAGCCAUUGUUUUCCAGACAUUUCCAGACAGUUUUGGCUAGCACUUGUGCAGAACUAAGUGCAGCAAACUUCCUGCUACGCCAGACAUGGGUUACUUCAUGUUGCUUCAGGGAAAGUUCACAUCUGCAAUCUAAUUCAAACAAAGCCUACGCUCUAUGCCAGGGAUAAAAUGGAAGUGGCAAACCCCCGCCUGGCUGGUUCCAUCGCAGGAUUUUAAUGAGUCACCAACCGUUGAACAUUCCCAAGCGCUGCCUUUGCAAGAUGUUGGCAACUUGGCGCUGGCCCUGCCAGCUCUUAUCUUCCCUGGUGACUGCAAUUCUAGAACUCAUCCACCGGCGACGGUGCAACUUGCCUGCAGCAAGAGGUUGUUGCACCAGUACAGGAAGCUGAGUCAGACAGAAACUGACAGAAACUGACAGAGCGCUUGUCAUAGGGUGGAAAAC